GUGGCCAAGCUAUGGGCAUCAUUAGUUAGUUCCCUGAGAGCAGCUGAAACACUCAACAUGAACGCCAAGGUCCUCCUUUUCCUCGGUCUCGUGGCUCUGGCCGCUGCUGACAAGCGCCCAACCUUCUCCUACGGAGUCCCUGAGUCAUCCUCGAGUCCCGAGGAAUCCUUCGAGUCCGGCGAGGUCAAGUACAACUUCAACUGGGCCGUCGACCACGAUCCCUCCAGCAACGAAUUCGGACACCAGGAGGCCCGCGACGGCGACGACACCCAGGGAUCCUACUACGUCCAGCUCCCCGACGGUCGCCUGCAGAAGGUGGCCUUCCACGUCGAUGGCGACGACGGUUACAUCGCCGAAGUCACCUACGAAGGAGAGGCCCAAUUCCCCGAUUCCUCGGAGUCAGUCGAAUCCGCCGAGGCUCCCAGAUACGCUCCCCCUCCAAGGAGGUCCUACUUCGCUCCCGACUCCAACGAAUCCAAGUAAAAAAGGAGAGAUGUUGAAUCGAUUGCUCUUCCGACACUGUGUUCUUUUCGAAUAUAUUUAAGUAAAUAAUUUAUUUGCAAGAUGA